AUGGAUGAUCCCCGAAGAGAUCCGACUCAGAACUCUGACAAACGAUAUGAUCGAUAUGAGCAGCUCUUUAGGAAACUUGACGUCAAUGGAACUGGCAAAUUAGAUAUCCAGAGCUUGCAGAAGGCGUUGGAAAAGGAUGGGCAUCCGUUGAGAGAUAGUAACGAAGCUAUUAUGGUGCUAUUUAAUGCGAUGGACUGCGAUAAGGACUCUAUAGUGGAUCUCGAAGAUUUCAGCAAAUAUGCUUCAAUCGCAGAAUCACAGAUAGAGAAAGGAUUUAAAAGACUAGACUCAGAUCAUGAUGGUAAAGUGAAAUUGUCAGAGGUGUCGGAAUAUCUGUCGAAACUGGAUAAGGAUUGUUCGAAACCUAGACGGCUCGCCCAAUUGGAGAAUAACCUGGACGUAGAGAAGAAAGCGUCCAGAUUCAACACUUUCCUGAAGUGGGCAUUUUUGAAAAAACCAAAAGGUGAGGAUAAGACUCGGUAUAUCACCUAUGAUCAAUGGAGGGAUUUCCUUCUCCUGAUGCCUAGAAAGGAAGGCUCGAGAUUGCAUACUGCAUAUGCAUAUUAUUGCUAUUUCAAUGCCGAUGUAGAUCUGUCCUCCGAGGGUGACAUGACUUUGAUCAACGAUUUUAUCAAUGGGUUCGGUUACUUCAUAGCAGGAGGGCUCUCCGGAGUGACAUCGCGUACCUGUACCGCACCGCUAGAUCGACUGAAAGUCUUCCUCAUUGCAAGGACAGAUCUAUCAUCGACUCUACUCAACUCUAAAGAGUCUCUUCUGGCCAAGAAUCCAAACGCAAAUUUGGCGAAAAUAAGGUCGCCGAUCGUCAAGGCAAUCACCACACUUUAUAGACAGGGCGGUCUUAGAGCAUUUUACGUUGGAAACGGGCUGAAUGUGAUUAAGGUGUUUCCAGAAAGCUCCAUGAAAUUUGGAUCAUUCGAGCUGACGAAGAAGCUGAUGACAAAACUCGAGGGCUGUCGAGAAACAAGUGAACUCUCCAAGUUUUCCACCUAUAUUGCUGGUGGUAUGGCCGGAGUUGUCGCGCAGUUCUCUGUUUAUCCUAUUGACACUUUAAAAUUUAGGAUCCAAUGCGCACCCCUCGAUAACCAAGUGAAAGGCAAUAAACUGCUUUUGCAGACCGCUAAAGAUAUGUAUCAUGCCGGAGGGCUAAAGCUAUUCUACAGGGGGGUAACCGUAGGUGUUGUCGGGAUAUUUCCUUACGCUGCACUGGAUCUUGGAACAUUCUCUGCUCUGAAAAAAUGGUACAUUGCUAGAAAGGCGAAACAGUUGUCAAUUCCAGAGUCUGAAGUCUCCCUGAGCAACCUGGUCGUUCUGCCGAUGGGCGCCUUUAGCGGUACAGUUGGAGCCACCGCAGUGUAUCCAAUAAACUUGCUCCGGACUAGAUUACAAGCCCAAGGUACCUUUGCACAUCCAGCAACUUACACAGGUUUCAGGGAUGUCUUGAUGAAGACAAUUCAACGAGAGGGCUAUCCUGGUCUCUUUAAAGGUCUGGUACCGAACCUAGCAAAGGUCUGCCCUGCGGUUUCCAUCAGUUAUCUAUGUUACGAAAAUCUCAAGAGCCUGAUGAAGCUGGGAUGA